GUUCAUGAGUGUUGGUGAAACAGGUGUUGCUAAGCUGAUAUCAGUCAGAAUGGCUCUUCCUCUUCCUCUUCCUCUGAUCUUUCUGCUCAUGAUUUACAGGGUUUCUAGUGCUGAUUGGGGUGUGAGUUACAGUCCUUCACACAUCUGUGCACUAAAGAAUUCAUCAGUGAUAAUGAGCUGCACUUAUAAAUACCCUACUGGAUAUAAGAUCAUGAAAGUGUACUGGACCAAAGACGAUAAAAGGGGUGCAGAGCCUCCAGAUCUGUCUAAAGAUCCUGAAUACAGUCAGAGGCUUCAGUAUCUGGGAGAUAAACAGCAGAACUGCACCGUCAGACUGAAUCAUGUGACACAGAAAGAUUCACUAGAGUACAGUUUCAGAUUCACUACAAAUGUAACAGAAGGAAGAUGGACUGGUAAACCAGGAGUGACUCUCACUGUCACAGCUCUUCAGGUGGAGUCUCCUGAGAGAGUGACAGAGGGAGAUUCAGUCCGUCUGACAUGUAAAAGCAGCUGCACUCUGACUGACAGAGCAACAUUCAUCUGGUACAGAAACUCACAGCCAUUAACUGAGAGAAGAGACAGAAACAAUGAACUCCUGCUGCAGUCAGUCAGAAGAGAGGAUGCAGGCAACUAUAGCUGUGCUGCACUUGAACACAGUCACUAUCUUACAUCACCUGAUGUGCAGCUGAAUGUCAGAUAUGUCUCAGUGUCCAUCAGUCCAUCUGGUGAAAUAGUGGAGGGAGAUUCAGUGACUCUGAUCUGCAGCAGUGAUUCAAACCCACCUGCAAAAAUCAGCUGGUUUAAAGGAGGAAUGUUUGUAGGAUCUGGAAGAAUCUACAGCAUCUCAAAGAUCAGCUCUGAUCACAGUGGAGAAUACAAGUGCAAGUCCAGAAAUAAACAUGGAGAGAAAUACUCUGAUGUUGUCACUUUAAACGUCAUGUAUCCACCCAGGAAUGUCUCAGUGUUCAUAAAUGGAUCUGCUGAAACAGAGGAAGGUGAUUCAGUGACUCUGAUCUGCAGCAGUGAUUCAAACCCACCUGCUCUGAACUUCAGCUGGUUUAAGGAGGAUGAAUCCUCAGCUGUUGGAUCUGGACAGAGUUUCAGUGCACUACAGAGUGGACGCUUCUACUGUGAGGCUCACAAUCAACAUGGAUCUCAGAGAUCAGACGCUGUUACUGUCACUGUUAAAGGGCAUCUGCUGAUAAUAUACAUAUCCACUGGAGUGGUUUGUGGAGCUGCAGUUAUCAUCACAAUGUUGCUGAUUUGGAGAUGCAUGGUGAAAAAGAGAAAAGACAAACCUGAAACUCAGUCAAAGAUGGAUUAUUCCAGACCUGAUGAAGACAGAUAUGAAGCAUUUGAUGUUGAGACGACUGAACCUUUGUAUGAGAAUAUAAUGAUGAAUCAUUCUGGACCUCAGGAUGACAGACUUAAAGACUAUGAUGCUGAGUCGACUGAACCUGUGUAUGACACUGUAACGGAUGACUGGCCGUAGUGUUUGGGACACGUGGCAAAACAUUUUACAGCCUUUUUCUGUCUCUCUGUGGGUGGAGCCCUGAAUGAUUGACAGUAGUGUCUUGAUUUACAGAAAUUAAUUUAGCAAUUGGUUUUAUCCAGAGUGACUUACUGUACAAAUGUUGAAUUACAAGCAAUUUGUCAAAAGAGCCAACAAUUGCUGUACACAAAGCUAAGAUUAAUGUGUU